UUGCCGCACUUUAUCCUCGCCAGGUCGCGCCAGCAGCUCUGUCCUGUCAACACCUGAUAAGAACCGACGCACGUGAGGUUAUGCACGUUCUUCUAAAUUCAUUCAAAAACAAAUACAAUUGCACCAUAGUUUUGCUGUCUCAUUGCUGCUAAUCGAUAACUGGGCACCUAGACACCAUGUCUUCGCUGGUUGUAAGGGAUGCCAAGCGAGAAGACUGCAAAGAAGUUGAAAGGCUGAUUCAGGAGUUGGCAGAUUUUGAGCGAAUGCCUGAUGGACCCCAAAUUGAUGCCAAAGUUCUUGAACGAGAUGGUUUUGAUUUAAGCCCACCCCUCUACCACUGUUAUGUUGUUGACGAUCCAAAUGAUCCUUCAAAACUUAUCGGAUAUGCUAUCUACUUUAUUGUCUUUGGGACUAUGGUGGGACGGAGAAUGUAUUUGGAAGAUAUUUAUGUAACAGAAAAAUAUCGAAAGAAGUGUAUAGGGAAUGCUUUGUUUCAGAAGGUUGCUCAGAAAGGUGUCCAGUUAAAAUGUGCUGACAUGCAAUUUAUUGUGCUAGAUUGGAACCCAGCCCAAGAUUUUUACAAAUCAAGAGGAGCUUGUGAUGUCACCAAAGAAGAAGGUUGGCAUUUGUUUCGUAUUGAUGGAGAAAGCUUGAAAAAGAUAUCUGAAAGCAGCGAGUCCUCUUACGUUGUCCGAGAUGCAAAAAGAACUGACUGCAAGGAUGUGUUACGUCUCAUUCAGGAGCUUGCUGAUUUUGAAAAGACAGGUCUUACGCAAGUGACUGUGCAAGACAUUGAGCAAGAUUUCUUUGAUUGUGACCACCCUACUUUCCAUUGUAUUGUGGUUGAAGAUCAAAAUGACUCUUCAAAACUUAUUGGAUAUUCCAUCUAUUAUAACCACUACGGGACUUGGACAGGGCGAAGGAUGUACUUGAGAGAUAUCUAUGUUAACUCUGCUUACAGAGGCAAACAUAUUGGGGAUGCAUUGAUGCAGAAAGUGGCUCAGAGAGCUGUGGAAACAAAAUGUGUGGACAUGGAUUUUAUUGUUGUGGAUUGGAACCCUGCAAAAGACUUCUACAAAGCAAAAGGUGCCACUGACAUUACAUUAUCAGAAGCUUGGCAUCUAUUUUGUGUGAGAGGAGACGAUCUGAAGAAGGUGGCUGACAGAAAAUAAUGGUUUGUUAUGUCAUUCUGUUUGCACAUUCAACUUAUUCGGUAAUUUUCUUCAGUUUUGUCUAUUUUGAUAGACAUAUCUGUUUUUCUAAAUCUUAUAAAAGUUUAUAAUAAAAAUAGCUUCAAAAAAUUAA